AUGCCUUUGCUAGGGGGGCCCCUGUGGAAGGAUGGGUUGGAGUAUGGCCAUGGCACAGGGCAUGGCAUUGGAGCCUAUCUAAAUGUGCAUGAAGGACCUGCGCAAAUUGGUGGCGGCGCUGUCCCCGGAGACAAGAUUCUGUGCAACGAGCGUCGGAGGAGGAUCUUUUUGAUGCCCAUCCAAGCUGGAUUCUUCCUCUCAGAUGAGCCUGGUUGCUACAAAGAUGGAGAGUUUGGGGUCCGGAUUGAAUCUGAUAUUUUGGCAACCCCAGCAGAAACUCCGUACAAGAUGUCCACACGUCGCUUCUUGAAGUUUGAGUACUUGACAUUGGUUCCGAUGUGUCGAAAGCUGGUGGAUGUGUCCUUAUUGUCUGUGUCGGAGCAGCAGUGGAUUGACAGCUAUCACGCUCGUGUUUGGGAAGAGCUGAGAAGCUCUUUGCACAGUGAGGCGCAGAAUUGGCUUUGGGAAGCGACUCGCCCGUUGAAGGCGUGA